ACUACAACCCACAUCAACCCUACACAAGUGAUUGAUCUGUGCGUGUGUAUGGUAGAUCUCUCUGACUAUGGCUUUAAUAGAAGCAUUACUCUCUGAGGGCUCCGGGACAGGUGUAUUUGGUGCCCUGCUGUUGUGUUUGGUUAUUUAUCUGUUCUCCAUCAGCUGCAGCUCUCAGGAUGGGGAAAAAAAAUAUCCUCCAGGACCCAAACCACUGCCACUGGUGGGGAACCUGCACACGCUCGACCUCAAGAAAACCUACCUGAGCCUUUGGGAGCUGUCAAAACAAUAUGGGUCAGUUUACACAGUGCACUUUGGCCCCAAAAAAGUGCUGAUAUUGUCAGGUUACAAGGCCGUCAAGCAGGCGCUAGUGAACCUUUCAGAGGAGUUUGGAGACCGAGAUAUUACUCCCAUAUUUCAUGAUUUCAACCAGGGAUAUGGGAUUGUGUUUUCCAAUGGUGAAAACUGGAGGGAAAUGAGACGCUUUGCUCUUUCGAACCUGCGAGACUUUGGAAUGGGCAAGAAAAGAAGUGAAGAGAUAAUCAUUGAAGAAACACAAUAUUUAAAAGAGGAAUUUGAGAAGUUUGAAGGAAAACCAUUUGAAACAACUCUGCCAUUAGCCAUGGCUGUUUCAAACGUCAUCUCUGCAAUUGUCUUCAGCACCAGAUUUGAAUAUAGCAACACUAAGUUACAUCGCAUGAUUAAACGAGCUUAUGAAAACAUGAGGAUGACUGGAUCAGCUUCAGUUCAGCUCUACAACAUGUUUCCUUGGAUUCGUCCUUUUGUGGCGAAUCAGAAACGUCUUAUGAACAACGUCAAAGAAACAUUCAGACAAAGCGAGGAAAUAAUAAAUGGUCUGAAGAAGACUCUGAACCCUCAGGACCCCAGAGGAAUCGCUGACUCUUUCCUGAUACGACAGCAAAAAGAUGAGGAAUCUGGCAAGACAGACUCUUUUUAUAAUUCAAAGAAUUUAUAUUGUACAACGAAUAACCUAUUUGGUGCUGGGACCGACACAACGGCCACAACACUUCGCUGGGGUCUUCUGCUCAUGGCCAAAUACCCUGAAAUACAAGCUGACGUCCAAGAUGAGAUUGACCGAGUGAUCGGUGGACGUCAGCCCACGGCGGAAGACAGGAAGAACUUACCAUAUACUGAUGCUGUGAUCCAUGAAAUCCAGAGAUUUGCAAAUGUAGCACCCCUUGGUUCCCCCCGUCAAACCACCUGUGACGUUCACCUGAAUGGAUACUUCAUCAAGAAGGGUACCAGUGUGUGGCCGCUACUGGUAUCUGUAUUGAGGGAUGAAAAUGAAUGGGAAACUCCUGACAGCUUCAACCCAAAACACUUCCUAAACGAUCAGGGCAAGUUUGUCAAAAAGGACGCCUUCAUGCCCUUCUCUGCAGGUCGCAGGGCUUGUCCUGGAGAGAGUUUGGCCAAGAUGGAGCUGUUCCUGUUCUUCACCUCCCUUCUUCAGCGUUUCCACUUCAGUCCUCCUCCUGGAGUUUCUGAAGAUGAUCUGGAUCUCAAGCCAGUCGUGGGCUUCACCCUGAACCCAGUCCCACACAAACUAUGUGCAGUCAAACGGUCUUAACAUCAUAUCUGCUGUUAAAUGUCUGUUACUCUGUUUGUUUUUGUUUUGUUUUUUUCGCUUGUAUAUUGCAUUUAUUCAUUUAGCUUUCCACUGGAAGCACAUUCAAUGUUUAUCACUUUUUAGAUAAAUAAAUAUAGUGCCUUUGCUUUUCUUAUGUUUAAAAGCAUACUAAGUAUGUAAAUACAUUUAUCACUUUAAAAUCAUGCAAAUAUUUUUAGUAAAACUGAUGAUAGCACUUAUAUUAAGUAAUGAACUUGGAAGUAAUGUGAAAAUAGUUGUAUACAGAUGCUUCCUUUAACCAGAAGAUGAGGACAGAGAAAAUAAUCAUCAAUAAAUAAAUAAACUUUUCCACA